AUGAGAGCGAAUAAGAAGAUUGUGGCCCAGCGGCUUUUGAGCAUUGGUGUCCCAGAAGAGGAGGAGCCAACUAUUACUGAAGAAAUAUUUAAGCAGGUUGAUGUAUCCGUCCCCGAGCUGCCUCUAGUUGUGAUAAUAGUGGACGUGACCGUAUUGGAUUCGUUUGAGGAUGAUCCUGAUUACAUUAGUUGGAGUACAGAGAUUAUUAGGGAAGCAAUUGAAAAUUUUAUAUCGUAUAGUUUUUCCAAUAAUCAUGACACCAAUAAGCGCAUUCCUGCAACUAUAUCAUCAAUUACUGAAUUGGUAAAACUGAGGUUUGAUGGUUUGGAAAAAGCUACUCUCAUACAAACCCCAUCUUGUGCCAUUUGUUUGGAGGAUUUUGCACAAACUACCGCUGAUCAGCUCCUCACUACUUUGCCCUGCACACACCAUUAUCAUCUUGCUUGCAUUGUCAAGAGCCUGGAGGUCAGCCACAGGUGUCCCUUGUGUCGAUACCCAAUGCCAAUAGUUGUAGAAAUAGGUGGAAAGAAUCGACAGGUUGCUGCAUAUAGCUAUAUAUGA